AUGGACAACGUCAACUUCGACAUCAACGAGGCGCUCAAGCUCUACAUGAGCGACCCUGCCACAAUACCCACCGAACAGGCCGACUCCGCGUUGUUCGACUGCGAAAACGACCCAGAAAGCCUCACCAACGGCGUGAUUAACCCCGUCCUCAACCCGAUUAUCGACGCCGUCGCCGAGAACCCGGAUGCCAUCACGCGCAGCGCCCACUUCGACUCGCUGCAGUUCCUCCUCAAGUGCGCCCCCAUUUCCCUUUCCCCCUCCGUUUUCCCGGCCACUACCGAACCUGCUUCCUCUGCCAAUGCCUCUGUCCAUGCCUCUGCGCCCUCGCCCUCGCGAUCCGCGCUGGCGCGGAAGAGCGCGCGUCCUCUCGCAGACACAGAUACACCUUCAACCCUGCCCACUCCAGAGCAGACUCCAGACCCAGACCUAGACCCAGAUCCAGGCCAGGAACAAGACCCACGAGCACCUUUCGCGGACCUGCAGGGACAUGUUUCUAAGCUCUUCCAACUCUCCAGAUAUACUCCAUACCUGCCUACACAUGCGCUCUCAAAGGUCUUUGAUCUGAUCACUUCCGGUCUGUCCGCCGAAGCCGACAUCAUCCACACCGACCUCGAGUCCGAUGAGCAGGACCUUCUCUCCCACCACAAACAUCUCCUCGAGAUCUACGGAUUCCUCCUGCAAUGGACCAUCUCUUGCGUCGAGACCAAGGCUGCCGAGAAGUCAUCGUCGGCACCGAUUGCUCGAGGCAGGAAGCCCAAGGGCAAGAAGGCUGCUGCGGCAGACAAGGACGCGAACUGGGACAGCGCUGCCCAACUUCAGAUAGCCCUCGACACCAUGUGCAAGGUGCUGCGGUUGAAAUUGGGCAAGAUCUUCUUGACGACCUCCGAACGAGACACCUUUAUCGGCCUGAUCACCCGGCCCGUCUACUUGAUCCUCGAGAGCGAGCAACGAAUCAAGAACACCACCAUCCGAAUGCACGCCUUCAAGGUGCUGUGUAUUGCUGUCAAGCACCACGGCCACGGUUACGCCGCGCAAAUCUCCAUUGUCCAGAACCUGACCUACUUCGAGCACUUGUCCGAGCCGAUGGCGGAGUUUCUACACAUUUUGGCAGAGCAAUAUGACUACCCGCAGCUCGGGGAGGAGGUACUGCGCGAACUCAGUAACAAGGAGUUCAACAGUAACGACACCCGGGGCCCUAAGUCUGUCUCUACCUUCAUGGUCAAGUUGUCUGAGCUGGCACCCAGGCUGGUGAUCAAGCAAAUGACCAUGUUGGCCAAGCAACUCGAUAGCGAGUCUUACACGCUGCGAUGCGCACUGGUUGAAGUCUGUGGCAACAUGCUUAUCUACUUGAGCAAACAAGAAGAACGCGGAGAGAACUACAAGUCCCAGCUGAAUGCCUUCUUCGACGUCCUGGAGGAGCGUUUCCUCGACAUCAACCCCUACUGUCGUUGCAGGGCAAUCCAGGUCUACGUGAAGCUGUGUGACCUCCAGCAGAAGUUCCCCAAGCGAAGACAGAGGGCGGCUGAGCUGGCGUGUCGAAGCCUCGAAGACAAGAGCAGCAAUGUCAGGAGGAAUGCCAUCAAGCUGCUGGGCUGCCUCAUCAAGACACAUCCGUUUACUGUCAUGCAUGGCCACCAGCUGGCCCGAAAAGAGUGGCAGGAGCGCCUGAACAAGGUCGACCAGGAACUCGAUGCUUUGAAGCCUCCAGCUGGGGCGCCAGAUAUGGACAGCCAGGGUAGGGCGGAUGUCACAGUGGAUGAGCAGCUGCUUGAUGAGGCAACGCAAGUCGAGCCGUCCCCGCAAAAGAACGACCCUGCCGAGAUGACGGAGGAAGAGAAGCUCGCUGCCAUCCAGAAAGUGCAGGAGGAUGCCGCGACCUCGGAGGCCAUCGAGAAGCUCACCCUCACCCGACGGUACUACACGGAAGCCCUCAAGUUUAUCGACGUCCUGCACGAGGCAACUGGUACCGUCUGCCAGUUGCUCGGGUCCAAGAACAAGAGCGAGGUGAUCGAGGCAAUGGACUACUUCGAGGUUGGCGAUGCUUAUAACAUUGAGCAGAACAAAGUAGGCAUCCGCCGAAUGCUGAGAUUGAUCUGGACCAAGGGCAACAGCGACGAAGGAAAGGGCGUUCAGGCACAUCUCAUCGAGUGCUACAAGCGGCUGUUCUUUGAGGCCCCGGAUUCGUUCAGCCCCAACGAUGCUGCCAACUUUAUUGCACGCAACAUGAUCAGUCUGACCUUCGGAGCCACGCCGGCAGAGCUGACCUCCCUCGAGCAGCUGCUAGCGACAAUGAUGAAGCAGGGGAUGAUUCCCGACCUCGUCAUCUCGAAGCUCUGGCAGGUCUACGGCGUGCACAAGCGCGAGAUCUCCAGGACACAGAGGAGAGGCGCCAUCAUUGUUUUGGGCAUGUUGGCGACCGCCAGUCCCGAGAUCGUAGUCAGCGACAUGGAAACCAUGCUCCGUACUGGUCUUGGGCCCCAUGGGCGUGGCGACCUCCAGCUCGCCAAGUAUACAUGCAUAGCGUUACGUCGCCUGAACCCAACAGGCCGACAGGCCAAGGAGUCUGGCGUUAAGUUUUCGCGAUUGCCGAACCAGCAUGCCGUCCUCCAAAAGCUCGCUGCCAUUACAGAUGUCCCCUCCCAGAACGAGGAAUGGUACGGCGUUGCUGAGCAGGCCAUCAAUGCCAUCUACGCCAUCUCCAAGCAUCCCGAUGUGCUUUGUUCCGAGAUUAUCCGCCACAAGACAAAGGCUGUGUUUUCCGGCCGAGCUCGCUCGAAUUCCAAUGACAGGCCUGGAUCCAGGGACUCGCAGAAAUCAGCGCAAAGCCGACACUCGGCCAAGGUCGAAGCAGAAGAAGAUGAGGAUGGUGCUGAGCCUACUGUCAUGCCCCCAACGCAACAGCCGGCAAUACAGCAGCCGGCUACGCAGGCGGAGGAGACUUCAAAGCCCAAGCGCGACAACGCGAUCGCGCUGUCUGAGCUCCUAUUCAUCGUGGGCCAUGUUGCUAUCAAGCAGAUUGUCCACCUUGAGCUGUGCGAGCUGGACUUCAAGCGCCGCAAGCAAGAAAAGGAGAAGGCUGUGGCUGCUGAGAAGGCAGCCGAGGCCGAGUCGCGCCGCAACAGCAGGAACAACAGGGCAUCGACCAUCGGAACGGUGGCCAGGGACAAGGAUGAGCCUGAAGAUGAACUGGAUCUCAUUGGCGGUACGACUGAAGAUGAUUUCACCGAGGCCAUGCUGCACAUUCGCGAGCGGGAACUCCUCUACGGCCAGGAUUCCCUGCUGGCCUUGUACGGGGCUCUCGUAAGCGAGAUCUGUGCGAACAACACCAAAUACAAGGACAAGGGCCUACAAGCAGCUGCCACCCUGUGCCUGGCAAAGCUGAUGUGCGUCAGUGCCGAGUAUUGUGAGGCCAACCUGCCCUUGCUCAUCACCAUCAUGGAGCGAUCCCCCGACGCGACGGUGCGGUCCAACGCGGUCAUCGCGCUGGGUGACAUGGCAGUGUGCUUCAACCACCUUAUCGAUGAGAACACGGAUUUCUUAUACCGCCGACUCGCCGACAAGGAUGCUUCGGUCAAGCGCACGUGUCUGAUGACGUUGACCUUCCUCAUCCUGGCUGGACAGGUCAAGGUGAAGGGCCAGCUGGGCGAGAUGGCCAAGUGUAUGGAGGACGAGGACAAGCGCAUCGCAGAUCUGGCCAGGAUGUUCUUCACGGAGCUGUCUACCAAGGAUAACGCGGUGUAUAACCACUUUGUUGAUAUGUUCUCGCUGCUCUCGGCCGAGAAGGCGCUAGCAGAGGAGAGCUUCAGGAGAAUUGUCAAGUUCCUGCUUGGAUUCGUGGAGAAGGACAAACACGCCAAGCAAUUGGCCGACAAGCUUGCGGCUCGUCUGCCGCGUUGCGAUACGGAGCGCCAAUGGAACGAUGUGGCCUUUGCGCUGGGGCUUCUGCAACAUAAGAACGAGGACAUCACCAAGAUGGUGUCGGAUGGCUUCAAGGUCGUGCAAGCGGCGGCCUAG